AUGGAAGAAAGUUCUUGGAGUAUUACGAUGGAUACUACGAUAACUGCUGAAAUUAAUAGUAAUACAGAAGACAGUAACAGUUCGUUAUUACAAGAACUCUUUUGUGAAGCAUGCAGUGCACUAUACAGUGAUAUUCUGAAUGCAAUGAAUGAUCAGAGUCUAGAUAGCGCGGCGUUUUUGUCGGGCUCUCUUGUUUUCUUAAUAAAUGUGUAUGGUAUAGGUCGUUCUACUUAUUGUAUUUCGGAAGUAGUACUAACAUUACGAUAUUUAAAUACAGCAUUCUGCUUCGUGCUCAAGUCACAUCUGGCAUUACAGUAG